GUGUCCCUAGUUUGUCUGUUUUCUACUCAGUAUUUGUUUUUUGGGUUUUCUCCCUCCCCUGUCUCAAUUUCUUAAUUUUUGUUUGGAAUUUUUUUCUGAAAGGCAGAAGCAAGAGUCACCUGACCAUAGGCUACCUACCAAAGCGGAGCAAAUUCACCAAAAGCAUCCGAUCAUUUCUUCCCUUGGGAAGUGCUUCAGAUCCUAUGCAUCCUUGAGAAAAUCUGAAGACUAUGAUCGGGGUUUACAUUUACAUGUGCUUCAUUUAAUGUGGUUUGAACAAGGCAGUUAGCAUUCCAAGCUGUACUGUAUGCAGUUUCGAAAUGCCAUAUGCACACUUCUUAUAUUAUAAAGGAUUCAGUGAUGCCAGCAGUUCAAGCAAUUAUUCGGUUUGAUCUUUGAUUGUUUAUUCAUAUGGUACCUUGUAGUUUGCUUGUUGAACAACUGUGACUUACCGAGUUAUAUAAUUUUCUCAAUGGGCGAUGCUGUGCAUAGCCAUGGUUUGAGUAAGAACUCUGACACAAUUGGUGUCGUCAAUGGAAAAAAUGUGUCUAAAAAAUGUGUAGUCACUUCUGGUUCUGAGGCUUUCUUCCAAAAUACUCUUAGACACAUAGGUUCACUAAACCAUGGUAAACUAGGAAGGGGGAAUGCUAGGCAUGUGGCACUGUUUUUCCUCAAAGUUGCUACCCUAGAGAUGGUACGAAGGUUCUCAAGAGCUAAAUGCCCAUUUGCAUGGCGUGGUCUUCAGGCAAUGCAAGUUCUCUGCUAUCCACCAUUUAAAUGGAUCCAAAGAUGGGCUCCCUUCAAGGGUUUGGUUAAAGGCAUGCAGAUACUGUCAAGGCCAUUGUUAGUUCUUUCAAUUGCAACAGCUUUCUCUGAUCAGUCAGAGUGUACUGAUGAAACUUCAGAUGGUAGCAGUGGUUCUCAUGGUAACAAUGAUUCUCAUGAAUGUUCAGAACCAGAACCACAUGCUGAGCCAUCUUCUUUACAUUCUGCUCCAGAUACAAGGAUUUUUUAUGUUGAUCCUCAAAGCAUAGCAUCCGAGAAGUGGUUGCAACAACUUUAUAAAGAGCUGGAGAGACAAGGCAUUAGUUUACCAGAAAGAAUUAAUGAGGAUGAGCUCCGUAGAUUUUAUACUGCAGUAAAUGGUGACUUUUCUUGCUUGCUAUUAUCAAUUAAGAAGACAAUCUUUUGGAGGAAGACAUACCAUAUUCUUUCAGCUGAAGAACUUGAGAUGUGGUCAAAUAUGGUCUUCUGGCAUGGAUUUGAUAUGAAGCACCGACCUUGCCUUAUUGUACGCCUUGGUCUAGCAUGCUUCAUCUUGCCAUCUCAUGACAGACCUCGCUUUGCUCAAGCAGUUGUGUCCCAGAUAGAGCACGGAGUCCUGCAUUUAGUUGAUACAGAAAAUCCUCAAAUAACAAUCUUGUUGGACUGUGAAGGGUUAUCUCCAUUGAGAUUUCCCAUGCAAAUUAUGAGAUCCUGUUCUUCUCUUCUGCAAGAUCACUUCCCAAAUCGUCUUGGCUGCUUGUUUGUUAUACGACUUCCUCCAGUUGUCCGAGUUGUUGCUCAAACAUUUAUUCAAGUUCUGAAACCCAUUACCCGACAGAAGUUAAGAUUCGAGGGGGAGAUGUACCUGAAGGUUCUUUCUGAGCACCUUCAAACACUCCCAUCAUAUCUUGGUGGUAAAUGUGCAUGCAUAAAAUGUUCAAAGCUUAACAAUAUGCAUCAGCCUUCCACGGAUGAGGAGACCAGUAAUGUGGAGCCAAUCACAGAUAGCAGUGAUGAUGAGGACCUGUCCUAUCUGACUUACCAGAUUGAUGAUCAAAUGAAUGAUACCUGUGAUCAGGUAUUAAGGACUGCUGUAAUGGGUGUCCUCAUGUUUUGGGUUUUAAUGGCUGUUAUGGCGGGACUGCCUGAUCUUGUCCCCAUGAGGUAAGGUCGAGCACCCCUUUUUUAUAUCUUCUUGGUUCAUUAUCCUUCUUAAGGUGGCCUAUUUUCAUGCAUCAUAAAAAUUGCCUUGGACACUGUACUAGUCCAAUUCACAUUAUCUGCACGUAUACAGACUCCGUGAUUUUUGUCUAUAGCAGUAUAAUAAUUAGCCAAUAACAUUUUGUAAUGCCAAACCCAUCUGGCCCGUUGAUGUGGUGUUUCCCUGAUCUGCUGUUAGCUAUGGAUGGAACAUGCUGAAAUUCUCAUUACGUUCGGACUUGAACAGCAGUCCUCACGUCUAGUAACACUACCAGAAAAAUGCCCUUCACCCCUAAGGGUGGCUUUGGCGUGGGCCCAGAGAGGAAAUAAAUUAUGGAAAUGUCUAUCUUUUGUAGUGUGCAGCUGAUUUGCCAUUUGUGUACGUGGGAACACUAUAUAUUUACUUAUAAAUUUAUAGGAAAAAACAAAGUUACCGAA